AUGCAUGAGGAAUUCAAUGCUCUUCAAGCACGAGGUACCUGGUCCCUAGUACCUCGACUUCCAUCUAUGAAUGUUGUUGGUUGUAAAUGGGUUUUUCGAAUAAAAUAUAAUCCCGAUGGCACUAUUGCUCGUCACAAGGCGCGACUGGUUGCUAAAGGUUAUCAUCAGGUACAAGGUUUUGAUUUUGAUGAAACAUUUAGUCCUGUUGUUAAGAAACCUACCAUACGCAUCAUUCUUGCUCUUAUUGCUCAAUACAAUUGGUCCUUAACCCAUUUAGAUGUCAAAAAUGCCUUUCUUCAUGGUAUUCUUCAGGAAACAGUGUACAUGGCUCAACCUACUGGCUUCCAAGACAAAAAUGUCCCAAUCAUGUGUGUCUCCUCCACAAGAGUCUUUAUGGUCUCAAACAGGCCCCUCGCGCUUGAUGACAUCAUUAUCACUGAACCUAACUAUUUAUACAUUUCUGUUCUUAAAAACCAAUUGGCCCUGGAAUUCAAAAUAUUUGAUCAUGGUCAUUUAAAGUACUUUCUUGGUCUCGAAAUCCAAUCCUCCAUUGAUGGCAUAUUUGUUAACCAAGCAAAAUAUCUUAAUGAUCUCCUCCACUCAUCUGGAAUGACCUUUGCCAAAUCUUGUAUCACACCAAUGUCUACUUCUCUUGAUCUUUAUACAAUUGCACCACCAUUUAAUGAUCCAUCACUUUAUCGCAGACUAGUUGGUUCCUUGCAAUAUCUUACCUUCACUCGUCCUGAUAUUGCAUUCUCUAUAAAUCGUGUUAGUCAGUUCAUGCAUAAACUAGCUGUCAUUCACUUUUUAGCCGUCAAACGCAUCCUCAGAUAUCUUUGUGGUACUCUAACCCUUGGAAUAAAAUUUCGAAAAGGUUCGUUUUCUCUACAAACCUUUUGUGAUUCUGAAUGGGCAGGUGAUACAUCUGAUCGACGUUCCACCUCCGGCUUUAUCGCCUUUCUUGGUUCUAAUCCAAUAUCUUGGUCUUCUAAAAAGCAAUCUACCGUCUCUCGUUCCUCCACAGAAGCAGAAUAUCGUUCUCUUGCCACUACUAUUGUCGAUCUUUAUUGGAUCAGAUAG